GUGGCGUCAAUUGAAUUUCAUAAUUAAAACAAUGAAGUGCUGUCUAAUUGUUGUAAAUAUACUUUGCUGUGCGGUAUCCUUCACCGUCGCCGUUGAUUUGACAAAUGUGGAAAUAACGGAAGAGCUGAUAACCACAGGAGCGACUUGUUUAUUGCAUAACACUGUCUCCACACCCGUAAAUGCACUAGUUACAUCCGCCAUUUCAAAAGCUGCCGUGGAAGGUAUUUUACUAUACAAUCAGACUCAUAACUUGGAGAUAGCAAUGCGAUUAGCCGCAGAAUGCGCGUUUGAAAGUGCGGUCAACUUUGCAAAUUCUGCUCUUUGUGCGACUUCAACAGGCUUGGACAUUGUAACCGAUGUUUGUUGUCACGGAGUGAAACCACACGAAGCAAUCAUGGAACGAACCAAUGUUGAUAGGGUGGCGCGUCGGAUUUUAAAUCAUCCAAAAGGCAAAACAGCACGAAAUGUGAUUGAGAAAACAAACAUCAUCAUUACUUGGAAGUAUGGACCGAUACCCGGAUAUAUUGCCACAGCAAUCACACAAGCAACUGCCGAAGGUGUGAAGAAAUAUAAUCGAUCUGGGAGCGCCAUGGAAGCAACUGAGGCUGCCGCAACACAUGCUUUUAAAAGCGUCGCCAAAGUGUUUAAAUUAAUUUUUGGUCUGACCAAAAGUGGCGUUGGUCUAAGUUUUGAUCUUCUUGAGGGAAAAGGUGCCAGAAGAUCUUUCCGUCGAAGAACUGGAGAAGCUUUAGGAGCUAUAUUGGACUAAAAUAUUUUAGCUCACGCUCAAAUGACAAAGUUUCUAUAACAACUGUUGGCAAUAAUAAUAUAAAUAUUCUUUGUUCUCCAAAUAUAUGGUUCUUCUUUUGAUUUGUGACACUAAUCGAUCAUUUGAUAGAACUAAAAAAUUAAAAAGAAGUUUAUUUGGAUUAAAACUUUGUUUCCAUUAAAAUUUGAA